AUGCACAUCAACAUAAGGAGCAGCAAAUAUUUGUUACUGAGUACUCAGUUAUUUUUGAAGUUUUCUGUGACAGAAAUUGCAACAAAUAAAUGUGCUUCUUACAGGCAGCUUUGUCAAACUUGUUUGCAGCUGAGGAGUCGUGGCAUUAUCUCAAGUAAACAAACAGUCAUUACUAAUGUUACACUUGCCUGGCAGUACAAAUAUUUGUGUUCUCAUUUGUGGCAGACAUUUGAAGUAAAUCCUGUGCCUGCAAGACCGUUCUACAUCUGUGCAGGACAUCCCUCACGGACAAUUUCAAGUUCUACAGUCUCAGACAGCACUGUUACUGGCGCAGAAAUGUCACAGUUUGCAGUUGUCCAUGAUAAAGACAAGAAAUGUUUUUAUAUAAAACUUGAAGAAGCCAGCUCCGACCAGCCAGAAGUACUUGCCAAAUUGGAAUAUGAAUGGGUACAACCUGGUUUAGUAGAGAUGUUUCAUACAGAAGUUCCUCCGCAGCACCAGGGCAAGGGAAUCGCCAAAGUUUUAGCCACCGCAGCAUUUGAUGCCUUCUCUGAACAAGGUGUACAAAUGAGGCCUACGUGUACAUAUCUUCAGAAGUACCUACGUGAUAAUCAAAUUCCUCGCUACCUGGAGCAUAUUGAAAAAGGAUUUGUUCUAUAA